UAUCUGUCGAAUUUAAAAAAAAAGAAGUGUCGCGAAACUGCGACGAAACAGGCAUCGUUCAAUAGUAAUUAUUGUAAUGGACACUUAACGAGCUGAUCAAGUCGACGAUCUGCCCUUUAACAUCAGCAUGGACUUCGGAACAUAAGUCACAUAUUGACGACAUUGUUUAUCACAAUCUCAAUACGAAAUUAUCAAUUAAAUGUAUAUAAUCACAGAGUGACUAAUUCGUCGUCGUCUGCAUUAGAUUAGCUCUCCUGUCAACACGAGUUGUUAAUGAGAUACAGCAGAAGCAAUUUAAGAACUUGUUUGUCAUCGGGCCAUACGGAGAAUUGGAAAGUCACGCUCCUGUUAACGAGUAUUUAGUUGCGUGGAAGUGCGGAGGUAGUGCGUGCGGCGAAAAAAUUUUGAAUGUUUAUCUGCCUCCUUUCGCAGUACUUCAUCCAAAGGAAAUGGGUUUUAUAAAAUUCAUUGGUGCCAGACUAUUUGAAGCCACUAUUUGCUUCAUACUUAUUACAGUGCUGCCUCUGCCACCUUACAUGGAAUUUACGGCCUACAGUGCUCCUACUUACAUGCCAUUUGAAGGACCAUUACAGCUAAAUGAUAGAUUAAACAAUGCAGAACAUUUAUUUGUUGAUCUUCUUAAGGGGCCUGAAGCAUUUGCUGUACACAAUGGAGAAAUUUAUACAGGAAUACAUGGAGGAGAAGUAGUUAAAAUUGUAAACAACAGUUUAGUGCAUGUAGCAAAGUUUGGAAAACCAUGUGGUGGUUACUGGGAAGAGAGUAUUUGUGGACGCCCACUUGGCUUAAAAUUUGACAAACAUGGCAAUCUUUAUGUUGCCGAUACUUAUUAUGGACUGUUCAAAGUUAACAUUGAAACUGGUUUGGUUACUAAACUGGUAUCUGCAGAUAUUCCUAUAAAUGGGAAAAAACCAUUACUAAUAAAUAGUGUUGAUGUUGCCCGUGAUGGUACUGUCUACUGGAGCCAUUCUUCAUCAGAUGUAACUCUGCAAGAUGGUGUAUAUACUUUGUUAGGAGAUGGGAGUGGCAGGUUGCUAAAGUAUAGCCCCACAACGAAUACAAGUGAAGUAUUGCUUGAAAAGCUGCAUUUUGCCAAUGGUGUACUUUUAUCAGAUGAUGAAGAUUUUGUGUUGGUUUCUGAGACACUCAGUUCCCAAAUUCGCAGAUACUAUCUUAAAGGUGCAAAGAAAGGGUCAAAUGAUAUAUUUGUGGAUAAAUUACCGGGUUUUCCUGACAACUUGAGCCAUGAUGGUAAAGGAAGCUACUUUGUUGCACUAGCAUUUCUAGCAGAUAAAGAUCAUCCAGCAUUUAACCACAUCAUUAGUGAAUAUCCUGUCCUAAGAAAAUUUCUUGCCAGGUUGCUGGCUUUGCUGGAGAUGCCAUUUCAGUUCAUUGAACGUUUUUAUCCUAACUAUUACGUCAAGAGAGCCACUCACUGGAUUGGACAUUUUGAAUCUGUACGAUUUAUGGAACCAAAACGGUUUACCUUAUUGAGACUAGGUAAGGAUGGAAAAGUAUUAGAGAGCAUGCAUUGCUUGGAUGGUACUCUCUCAGGAAUCAGUGAUGUUGUUGAGUUUGAAGACGCCCUCUAUUUUGGAUCCCCAUACAAUACAUAUAUAGGAAGAAUUAAAUUGGAGAAACAACCCAGAAUUUCCAUACGGAUCAAGACAAAUAAGGAGCCAACAGCAGAAAUGAAAUAUUAGUGGAAUGUAAAGACUGAAUGUUAAUUAAGAUUUUUUUAAACUUUGUUAUUUUAUUUUUGACUGUUUUAUCUUUUGGAUAUAUUCUGUUGCAUUUUAGUAAUGUCAUUUUAUAUAACAUGUUCAGAUCUUAUUUAUCUAUAUACCUUGCAGUGUGUAGAAUAAAGUCACUAUUAAAAAUAA